UUUUCUCCUGUUUGCUGUUCUUUACAUAGUUUCCUACUUCAUAAUCACAAGAUACAAAAGGAAAGCAGAUGAGCAAGAGGAUGAAGAUGCCAUCGUUAAUAGAAUAUCGCUGUUCUUGAGCACCUUCACUCUAGCAGUUUCAGCUGGUGCAGUCCUGCUUCUGCCUUUCUCAAUAAUCAGCAAUGAGAUCCUGCUUUCUUUUCCACAAAACUACUAUAUUCAGUGGUUAAAUGGCUCACUAAUUCAUGGUUUAUGGAAUCUUGCUUCUCUUUUUUCAAAUUUAUGUUUGUUUGUGUUGAUGCCCUUUGCCUUUUUCUUCCUGGAAUCGGAAGGAUUUGCUGGCUUAAAAAAGGGCAUCAGAGCACGCAUUUUGGAAACCCUUGUAAUGCUUAUUCUUCUUGCACUGCUUAUCCUUGGAAUCGUAUGGGUGGCUUCGGCACUCAUAGACAAUGAUGCUGCCAGUAUGGAGUCUUUGUAUGACCUCUGGGAAUUCUACCUCCCGUAUUUAUAUUCCUGUAUAUCACUGAUGGGAUGCUUGUUACUUCUGUUAUGCACGCCAGUGGGACUUUCACGGAUGUUUACAGUAAUGGGUCAGUUGCUGGUGAAGCCAACAAUCCUUGAAGACCUAGAUGAGCAGAUGUAUAUCAUCACUUUAGAGGAAGAAGCAAUUCAGAGGAGGCUGAAUGGUAUAUCUUCCACGGUGGAAUACCAGACAGUAGAGUUGGAACGGGAGCUUGAAAAAGUGAAAAGCAAGAAAACGAAUCUAGAACGGCGGAAAAAAGCUUCUGCUUGGGAAAGGAAUUUAGUCUAUCCAGCUGUUAUGAUAUUGCUACUGAUUGAGACGUCCAUCUCAGUCCUCUUAGUUGCUUUCAACAUUCUUUACCUGUUGGUUGAUGAGACUGCAAUGCCAAAGGGAUCAGGGGGGCCUGGAAUAGGAAAUGCCUCCCUAUCCACCUUUGGUUUUGUGGGAGCAGCACUUGAAAUCAUUUUGAUUUUCUAUCUCAUGGUAUCCUCUGUCGUCGGCUUCUACAGUCUUCGUUUUUUUGAAAAUUUCACUCCCAGGAAGGAUGACACAACUAUGACAAAGAUCAUUGGAAACUGUGUCUCAAUCUUGGUGCUGAGCUCUGCUUUGCCAGUGAUGUCAAGGACACUGGGAAUCACCAGAUUUGAUCUGCUUGGAGACUUCGGAAGGUUUAACUGGCUGGGAAACUUCUAUAUUGUGUUAUCUUACAACUUGCUCUUUGCUAUCAUGACAACGUUAUGUCUGGUCAGAAAGUUCACUUCCGCUGUGCGAGAAGAGCUCCUGAAGGCGUUAGGAUUAGAUAAACUUCAUCUGUCAAACAAUCCAAGAGACUCGGAGACAAAGCCGUCUGCAAAUGGGCAUCAGAAAACACUGUGACUAACAAUCACCUGCAAUCAACAGAGCUGAAAACAUCAACCUCAUGG